AUGCAUUCGGAGUCUACACUUAAUUUUUUAGGAGAAACAUUCAAUAAACUGUCUCAGAAGUUGCAAAAAUUUCAAACCUUUACCUGUGCUGCCUUUGAUACUCUAGAAUUACCUAAAGAAAAAGCGGCUUGCCAACAAAGGGCGGUUCAAUGCUCUGAAACAAAUGGCCUCCCUCCAGAAUCAAAUGGAGCAAGAAUAAAAAAGUUCAAUUUGAGUACAUACAAGUUUCACGCGAUGGGGGACUACAUGAGAAUGAUCAAGUUCUUUUGGACAACAGAUUCUUUCACGACUCAAAUUGGAGAACUUGCUCACAGAGCUUUGAAAGUGUUCUAUCUGUUAACAAGCAAAAUCGACACCCCAGUGCAACUAGCCAAGCACAAGUGUAGGUGCUGUGUACUACAGCGGGUGGCAGAAGUUGGAGGUACAUCCUCCUCUAGCAGUCAGCCACUAGCCGACAUCCCACCAUCGACAACCUCUAAACAGCAUCACUACAUUGCACCCACUCGAAACCAUCCAGUGAAGCUUUUCACAUUUCUCCAAGAUCAUAAAGGUGAUUCGGCUGUUAAGAAUUUUUUACCAAAGCUAAAGGACCAUAUCCUCUAUAGAUCACGGGAGCUGGACAUUAGUUACUGCAACCACACUUUUACGGACGAGGAACGCAACUCUGUCAUUAUUCCCAACAACACGAUAUAUUCGGUCCAGACCAUGCAAGUACAUUAUACGACCUACAACUUGAGAUACAAAUACAACAUUAUCAACCCCAGAACUCACGGGGACGUUAUGGUAUUGUCAGGAGAGAUGAUGCCUAGCCACCCAUACUGGUAUGUGCGCGUGUUGGGCAUAUAUCACAUGGAGGUCUGGCUCAACAAUGGAAGCCAACCUGUGAAGCGGAAUCUCAAAGUUCUUUUUGUUAGAUGGCUUGCAGCCUUACGGAGCUAUAAAUGUGGCAUGAAACAUACCUGUCUACCAAAGAUUGCAUUCAUGGAGGAGUCAGAUCCAGACAUGUUCGGGUUCCUCAACCCAGGACAGGUAAUCCGAGGAGCACACCUGAUUCCUGUGUUUGCAUCAGGACAUGGUGUAAGUUCCCUUCAACAUGGAACUUUGUUGGCACGUCCUGGGGGUGAGCUGGAUGACUGGGAAGAGUACUACGUCGGAAUCUUUGUCGGUCGAGACAUGUUCAUGCGCUAUACUCAAUUUGGAGUUGGACAUCAAGCAAUGCUACGCAAGAUUAUCAGAGACUGUCUCAGCUCCGAGUCGAUGGUAUAG